GCCGGCGGCUCCGGGCCCCGCAGGGCGCGUCUCGCGGAGAGGGUCCGGCCUUCACCGGCCCUGAGCGGCCGCGGCUGCUCGGGCCGCUGCUCCUCCCCGAGCUAGGACUGCUGGAGGGCUGGCCUGGCCUGGCCGCGCCGCCCCCCGCCCCGGGCCUCAGGUGAUGUGGCCACGGUGGUUUAACUUUCGCACUUAAGGCUCUCCGUGGAGUCCUCGGGGCGCGACCGGAGACGGGGUGGAAUUACACCGGGUCUGGAAACGUGAGCCAGGGCGAUGAAAAGAAAUGAAGAAUUGAUAACUAAAAAUCACAAUCAAGAAGACAUAAGUAUUCUGCGUUGUUGGAAAUGUAGAAAAUGUAUAGCAAGUUCUGGUUGUUUAAUGAGAUAUCUUGAGAAUCAAGUGAUUACGGAUAGACAUGAUUCAGCUGAUGAUCAAAAUAUUUGUCAUGUGUGGCACAUGGAUAUAGAAGCUCUUCCAGAAUGGAUAAACCACCUAAUACAAAAAGCCCAGUGGACAGUUGGAAAACUGAAUUGCCCUUUCUGUGGGGCCCGUUUAGGGGGCUUUAAUUUUGUCAGCACUCCAAAAUGUUCCUGUGGCCAGCUUGCAGCUGUACAUCUCUCUAAGAGCCGGACCGAUUAUCAGCCAACACAGGCAGGCCGACUAAUGAGACCAUCGCUGAAAUACUUGUCACAUCCUAGAGUUCAGUCAGGUUGUGACAAGGAAACUCUGCUGACAGGUGGCACCUCCAAAAACAGAAAUCACAGGCUUUUAAAUAUGGCCCAAAAUAAUAAUGGCCCUGGAAGAUUAACAGAAGCACUCUGCCUGGAGGUACGGUCAACAUAUUUUCAGAUGAAGAAUGAAAAACUGCUCUUCAAAGCAUCAGAUCCAAAAUACCAGCUUUUUGUUCCUCAGCUUGUGACGGGCAGAUGCACUACAAGAGCUUUUCAUAGGAAAUCACAUAGUUUGGAUCUGAACAUCCGUGAGAAACUGACAUUAUUACCCACUUUAUAUAAAAUACAUAGUAAGACUGCUGCCUGUCCCGGGAUAAAUGAAACACAGCCUAUUCACCUUUCAGGCUUGCCUUUAGAAUCUAGUAAAAAUAACUGUUCCUUUCAGAUUUCAUCCAAUUUUGAUCCUAAUAUGCUGCUGCAAAGAUUUUCAGUGACUCCCCGUGAGACCCAGACACAAAGAGGAGGAGAAUUUCAGUGUGGUCUAGAAGCUUCCGCAGUGUACACUGACCAUGCUAGUUCUAACAACCUGACUUUCCUGAUGGACCUGCCCUCAGCUGGUCGGAACAUGAUAGAGGCCUCGGACCAGGAAGAACACCUCUCUCCACUGGACUUCCUGCGCUCGGGCACUUUCUCAUUGGGUGCCAUUAAUCAGAGGCUCAAUAAAAGAGAAAGGGGCAAGUUGAAAAAUCUGAGAAGGAAACAACGAAGGCAUGAAAGAUGGCUACAGAAGCAGACUUUGAAUAAUGAGAUGAGUACAGAUGAUGACAAUGAAUAUGCAGAAGAAAAGGAAAGUUACAUCUGUGCAGUAUGUCUGGAUGUUUAUUUCAACCCAUACAUGUGUUACCCUUGCCACCACAUCUUCUGUGAGCCCUGCUUACGGACUCUUGCCAAAGACAAUCCUGCAAGCACUCCCUGCCCGUUGUGCCGGACAAUUAUUUCCAGAGUCUUUUUCCAGACAGAACUGAACAAUGCCACAAAAACAUUCUUUACUAAAGAGUAUUUGAAAAUAAAACAAAGCUUUCAGAAAUCCAGCUCUGCAAAAUGGCCGCUCCCAAGCUGCAGGAAAGCCUUCCAUCUUUUUGGAGGUUUCCACAGACGUGCAGCCCCAGUUACAAGGAGGCAGUUCCCACAUGGUGCACAUAGAAUGGAUUAUCUGCACUUUGAGGAUGACAGCCGCGGAUGGUGGUUUGACAUGGAUAUGGUGAUCAUCUAUAUUUAUUCAGUGAACUGGGUCAUUGGAUUCAUUGUUUUUUGCUUUCUUUGCUAUUUUUUCUUUCCAUUUUAGGAAUUUUCAUACUUUACUACAGUUGAACAAUCACAAAUGAUGUAGAUAACAAUUAAACAUUUUUAAAAUGAGAUUUUAUAAUGUUGCAUUGUAUAAAUUGUUGGUGUUUAUAGAAAGUCUGAGAACAGUGGACUUAUUUAUUAAUGUUUUUCAUGUAACAAACUAAGGUUUAUUCAGGAACUUGUCUGUCUAGCACUUAGCAGUGAUGCACUAUUGAUUUCCUAGUUCCUCUUGGUUUAGGAUUUAUGGGCUCUAAUUUUACAAUACCAGUUUUAUACUUAAUUGUAAAGACUGAGGUUUCCCCUCCUUGUAAAAAUACAAAACAAAAUUAUAAUCUGGGUAGAUAGUAUCUUUAUUGACAAAAUAUUUAGCCAAUCACCACUUAUUCUUAGGCAAAUUAUGUGCAUUAAAGAUAAGUUAUAUUUCCUGGGAACUAAUCUAGCAGGGUAUACUCAGUUUUGGUGUCCAAUGAUCUCUGCUUAUUUCCGUUCUGUUAUCAGGAAAGCUGGCUGUUUUUUUACAUAGACCUAAUAACAGCUAGCAUUAGUACAACAUGUUUUAUUAUUACAAGAACAGAAUAGUAAAUGCAAAAAAUCUGAGACUGAUCCCCACCAAUAGAAAGAGCAAUGUAUUAACUCUCCGAAUUGCAGGAUUACUCAUUGGAGGAUAUAAAAAAUUUACCAAUUUUCAGUAGUCUAAAAGAGCAGUGCAUGUCCAAAAUGUAUCUAAUUUAGUAAUUUAACGCAGAGAUUGUCAAAUAUACUGUAAAUGUGCAAUAAAGAGUGGCUUUUAAAUUUUU